CUCACUUCCCCAGCUGCUGACGUCAGCUGGCAGCCUGGGCUGUGCUCGCCGCUCCGGACAUAGCGCCGAGAAAAAUGCUGCUCUCCGUACCGCCAAGGGCAGGAAUCAACCCAUACAACGGUUAUAACAGCAGAAACAGCAAAAAGCAGUCCUAUGUGUCCUCCGGCCACCAGAUGGCGCCCCCCAGUCCCAACACCAACAGUAGCAGCAACAGCAGCGGCGGGGGAGGGGAACAGCUGAGUAAAACGAACCUGUAUAUUCGCGGCCUCCAUCCGGGGACCACAGACCAAGAUCUGGUCAAACUCUGCCAACCGUAUGGCAAAAUUGUGUCAACCAAGGCCAUCUUAGACAAAACCACCAACAAAUGUAAAGGAUACGGCUUUGUUGACUUUGAUAGUCCAGCAGCAGCACAGAAAGCUGUUACAGCUCUGAAGUCCAGUGGGGUCCAGGCUCAGAUGGCCAAACAACAAGAGCAGGACCCCACCAACUUGUACAUCUCCAACCUGCCAGUUUCUAUGGAUGAGCAAGAGCUGGAGAGCAUGCUCAAGUCCUUUGGCCAGGUCAUUUCCACACGCAUCCUCCGAGAUGCCAACGGGACCAGCCGUGGUGUGGGAUUUGCCAGAAUGGAGUCCACAGAGAAGUGUGAGGCUAUAAUUCAGCAUUUCAAUGGGAAAUUCAUCAAGACUCCACCAGGAGUGCCUGUGCCCACAGAGCCCUUAUUGUGUAAGUUUGCAGACGGAGGUCAGAAGAAGAGGCAGAACCAGGGGAAGUACCUUCAGAAUGGAAGGCCAUGGGCCAGAGACGCAGAGACAGGAGGAAUGACGCUUGCGUAUGACCCCACAGCCUUACAAAAUGGCAGCUUCUACUCCUCACCCUACAGUUUGGGUCCAAACCGAAUGAUCGCCCAGACUUCUAUCUCACCCUACAUGCAUUCUCCUGUCUCAUCCUACCAGGUACACAGCCCGUCCUGGAUGCACCAUCAGUCAUACCUCAUGCAGCCAGCUGGUACAGUUCUUACCCCCACAAUGGAACAUGCCAUGUCCAUCCAGCCCACCUCAAUGAUGGGACCUCUCACUCAGCAGCUAAGCCACCUGUCCCUGGGCAGCACAGGCACAUAUAUUCCGGCCAACACAACUAUGCAGGGGACCUACAUCCCCCAGUACACCACAGUGCCUCCUUCCAGUGUCCCAGUCGAGGAGAAUGGUGGUCAACAGCAACAGGUUGCCAUGGAGACUCCUGCAGAACACACAAACUACUCUUAUCAACACACCAAGUGAAGCUAAGCUCCCAGCAGGGUGAGGCUGAGGGCACGCGAUGAAUCUAACCAAACAGGAUUCAGGUGGAAGAGAUCCGUGCUCAUACCAUCACCAAGCACCUGGACUUGAACAUGGAUGAAAAAGGAACAUGUGUGCGUGUGUUUGUUUGUUUUGUGUGUAUGUGUGUGUGUACGUGUGUGUGUGUCUGUACUUCUUUUUUUUUUUUUCUUUUUUUUUUUUUUUUAAGAAAAAGGACAACACUUACUUUAUCAGACUUUCCUGCUCACAUCCUCAAGAGUUGAUCAACCAAAGGUGGGAAUCUUCUUCAGAGACGCUAUUUUGAUAACUGAGUAAAGGAACAUGACAAGAAGUUACAAAAACAAAGAAAAAAAUGUAAGAAAGGAGGAAAAGACACAGAGCAUUAUUUUUGUGUGCAUAAUAUAACAAAUUCUUAUUUUUAAAAGAGCAUUCUGGAUGUUUCAGAGUGAUUCAAGAAAGAGUUGAAACACAAUGUGUCUUUUAUUUUUUGUAAAAUAUGCAAACUUUUAUUUUUAUUUUCUGAUGUCUGUUGUUUGACAUUCUAUUUGCAGCAGCGUGGCAACAAUUUGUACAGAUUUAAAACUUAAAAAACUCUUUUGCUGGUCUGACGUGUUGAACCGCGGGAGGCAAACCGUUUAAAGCUACUUCUUCCUGUUAACUGCUGCAGAGAUUUCUAUUCACGCACAGAUUAUGACAUUGACUGUUUAUAGUUUAGUCACAUUAAGUUUAUAAACUUUAAACCAUGCAUUCAUAAGUGAACACAAGACAAUCAAUUGUUUCUAUUUAUAUUUGAAUUAUAGUUCUAUUUUUUAGAUUUUUUUUUUUUUAGAGAUCAUUGAAACACAUUUAUAGAAAAGAUGUUAUUUAAUACUUUAGUUUGUAAAGACAUUAAAAUAGACAAUAAGAUCUUCACCCCACACUUUAAUGAGCUCUAAUUCCUCUUUGGGAAUUGUAAAAUUAUAAGAGCUUUUAGGAAUUGUUCUUUAGUGUUUUGAUGACUGGUUGACUCUAAGUUCAAGUCAUUUAUGCAUCAUUGAAAACAAAACUAAAUCCGUAGUCAUCCUGUAUGUGUAUUUUGUAGCCCCACAGUACACCAGUGUCCAUGAGAAGUGGUUUUAAGCGGUUUUGUUGUGGCAAACCUUCAGGUAUCAUUAAAAUCAUCCUUUGCCAUUUGGGAUGACGUGAAAAGUAAACAUGCUAUAGAUCUGAGCAGUUCGAUUACUAAAAGAUUAUGUGUACAAAGAGCAAUGCAGUUACUAAAUUAAAAUGUAGUUUAGCAAAGUGAUGAGGGAAAUCAAGUAGAAGACUAACAAAAUCCCUGAGAAUAAUUUGAAAAGAGAGGGAGCUGUAAGUCUUUUUUUUUUUAUCAAUGCUGCUGUUGUCACCUGAAUUUGAUUCUCCGUCAGUGAUUUUUUAGUUUUUUGUUUGUAGAGUUAAAUGUCUUCUGUUGUUUUUUUUUUCUUUUGUCUGUCACUUGAAAUCUUUUGAGCUAAUUUGCCUUAUUUUUGAUGAAUUUAUCUUUGAAGUAGAUUAGAUAUUAGCUGUAGAACGAUAGCUUUUCCUAGUUAGUAGAUGUUAGCUUUUCUAUGUGUAGGGAUUUGUGUUGUUUUCUCUUGACUUGUUGAAUUUCCGUUCCAAACCGCGUGAUAAUAUUGUAUCGGGCCUGAAAACCUUUGAGAGUGAAGAGUGGAACCAAACACUGACUUUGUUUAGUGCUGACCCAGAAGACUCAUACCCAUGCUGCAUCAGGGCUGCGGCCGGUGUGUGUGCGUCUGUCUGUUAGUCAGCAUCAUGAGUGGAAGUCGUCACCACGUACAGUACAUCCAAAUAUGUUGAACUUUAAUUUAUACAAACAUCAAAAACUGUAGAUAUGUAGAUAAUAGAAUGCUCGUUUUACAGCGGACUGCUCACUAGACCAUGGAAGUGCCAUUAAAGAUGAUUCUUACAGCCUUUAGUGAGACAGCAAGUCUGAAUGAAUUUGUGUGUGAUCCAAAAUUCUGCAAAAACUAUUUUUUAGCUAAGCCUUAAUGUCUUUUCUCUGGAUGAACUGCCUGGUAUCUCAUAGGAUUGACACUAAGUUGUAAAUACUACGGAAAUGGCAACAGGCUCAUGUCAGUCAAGUUAGCUGUAGGGUCAUGAAGAGCCUUUUCUUCCUGCUCUUUAAUCAUUCAUGUUUGCUAAAAGUGUGAUAAUGUCUUUCUCAAGGCUCACAGUGGGCACCGUUUGACAGUUCUGUUUCUAUCUCUGUUUUGUCCUUUUUUUUUUCACGUCAUUUUUGCUGUGUUUCUUGUUGUUCAUUUCUGCAACCAAAGAUGUUGUAGCCAUCCAUAGUAAAGCUCUCAGUUAAAGAUAAAACAGCUCUGUGUGGUCAUCUAUAGCCGGAAAAAAAAAAGUUACUGGCUUCUGAUUGAUUCAGAAAUAGAAAGACCACAAUAAAGGGUGUUUACAUGCACACCAUAAAUGACGACUGUGGAAAUAUUCGUAGUUUUGAUAGUAUUUUUGGCUAAACUAUCUCACAGGUAUCCCCAAAAUUACACAAAUCGACCUAUUUCAGCUGGUUUGUAAAAUAAAGUGUUUGUUUACAUGUGAUCGGAUUCUAAUGGUGUGUUAGCGUGCAUGUGAGUUGACUCAUGAUGAACACCCAGAACAAACAGAGCACAGUUUUCACGAUGGUUUCAAACAUGAGUGUUUUCAGACACGAGAGCUAAUCAUGUAAAUAGUUUAUUUUUUUCCUCACACUUUCUUUUCGCACCAUUUUGUUCCUUUCCAGAUAACACAGUGACUUGCAGGUUUUUCAGAUUCAGUGCACCAUGAAGGAAAAUGUCAUGGAUAUUGUUUAUAUGUUCAGAGAAAUGAUAUUCCAUGUAUUAGCCAUCACUUUUAAUACAAAAAAAGGAUUUUGGAACUAUGAAAUGACCACUUGUUACAAUGCAGUGUUUAUUUAUUUUAUUUUUUACAAACUUUUCAGCAGAAAUGAUAACGUAAUACAAUGAAAUCAUGAUGUUCCAUAACAAAUUUGUAUCUUGUAAUGUGUACUGAUGGUUGUGGACUUAGUAAACAGUACACUGUAUUUGAAAGAUUAAAAUCUCCUUGCACUUAUCUUUAGUCCACACAAAUUUGAAAAGGCUCUUGUUAUCCAUCCUUAUGUAGAUUUGAUGGCUUAUUUCAUAGCUUCAAAAUGUUUUGCUGCUAAAACAGGAUUUCCAAACAGGUGCUUAGACGUAGCCCAGUUUUGUUCUUCAAAAUGUCUCCUUUUAUUUUAAUUUGUUCACACAGAUGAACUGUCACGUGUUUGUUUUUUGAUAGUAGUUUCAGUAGCUGCACAUCACACUAUGAAAACGUAGAGAAUGUUUUAAUAUUGCAAAGAACAUGUGGAACACACCUCCCAUUUCUCAGCUAUGUAUGAGUCAAGUCUGAGUGAAUUGUUGACAUUCUGAAAACCCAGUGGGCUCGUCUAUUUUCCUGCUUGUGAACAGUUUUCUUAUUUAUACAAGAACUCAUUUUGUACACUUUUGUUAAGAGGAAAGAGGUUUUGAUAUUUGGUUAUUUUGCAAAGCCACUAGGCUACUUUUGUCUUCCUGUGCCAGACUUGCUAAAUUGUCUGUAACUUGUGUUUUUUUUAUGAUUGAGAUAAGAUUUUCCUUCUUUCUUGGUUUUCUCUUUGAAUUUGAAUAUGUCAAUUUUCCGUUUUUUAAUAAAAGCCUUGUUUCAA